CCUAUAUUUUAUUUUUUACUAUAUGUAUUGUGUGAGGUUCCACUUUGUGAAUCUUCGACGCGGCGGCGGCGGACGGGCAUGGCGCAACAGGGCGCGACGCUGCAAAACUACAACAACGAGUUGGUCAAGUGCAUCGAAGACCUACGAGAGAAGCGCGAGGAGGUCAACCGGUCGAUCCUGAAGGAAGAAGAGGAGAAAGCCAAGAUUCAAAAGGAUCUCACGGUGCUCACCGACCGAUUGAGCAUGAUCAACGAGACCCUGGCGAGAAAGACGCAAGCACGGAACGAGUACGACCGCACGAUCCAAGAGACUGAAGCAGCGUACAUGAAGAUCCUUGAGAGCUCCCAGACUCUCCUCCAUGUGCUCAAGCGCGAAACUGUGCAAUUGACCAAGAAGAAACAGACGUCGACAUGAGCGGCGAACGCCGCAGUCGACUUCGUGUGGAUGACUGCAGAGCCGACACCACCGCAGCGAUCCUCGCCCGCUCCAUAAUCCUGCAGGCCAUCGACCGACCCCUCUCGAUGCGUUGUUGAACCAUCGUGUGGCUAAGAAUACACUUCCCUUCCUUGCA